AUGUUCGCCGUCCCAGGAUGGUCCGUCGCGGCCGAGGGUCUCAAAACCGAGACCCAGGUAAAGAAGGCCAGCAACCCCGCCAAGGAGAGCAAGAAGCGUAAGAGAGCCAACAAGCCGGAGAAGAAGGAGAAGAAGGCCCCUAGCUCGGGCGCAAACUCCGUCUUGGUGAACCCUCGCGUGUUUGGAGAAAAGAGGGACGAAGCUCCUCCCGCGACCGCUGAGGCUGGCCACGAUGGUGACGAUGCGGAUGAGGCUGAGGCCGAGACGCCCAAGCCGAGCAAGAAGCAGAAGAAGGAGAAGAAGGAAAGGAAGAGUGAGGGAGGAGAGAAGGCGCAAGAGACGCCCAGAUCCGACAAGAAGGAAAAGAAGCAGCGAAAGGAAAAGUCCAACAACGAAGAAGAACCAGCCACACCAGCAGCAGCCGCAGAGACGCCGUCAAAGACACCAAAGGCCGCCUCGACAGACAACAAGCAAGCCAAGGAAGAGAAGAAGAAGAACAAGGACGCCGCCGCCGCCAUCGCCGCCUCCGUGCCCCCCGUCCCGCCUGCCGCCGCCAAGCUCACCCCUCUCCAGCGCUCCAUGCGCCAGAAGCUCGUCUCGGCCCGCUUCCGCCACCUCAACGAGACGCUCUAUACCCGCCCCUCGGCCCAGGCCUACCAGCUCUUCGAGGACUCUCCCGAGAUGUUCUCCGAGUACCACGAAGGCUUCCGCCGCCAGGUCGAGGUCUGGCCCGCGAACCCCGUCGACGGCUACAUCCGCGACAUCAAGCUCCGCGCCAAAGGCCGCUUCCCCAACGCCGGCGGCCGGGGAGGAGGACGCACAGGCGGCGCACCACCGGCCGCCAACGGCCCUCAACCUCUGCCCCGUACCGACGGGACGUGCUACAUCGCUGACCUGGGCUGCGGCGACGCCCGCCUCGCCUCGACCCUCGAGCCCGAAUCCAAGAAGCUCAAGCUCCAAAUCAUGAGCUACGACCUCCACUCCCCCGCGAAACACGUCACAAAGGCCGACAUCGCCAACCUCCCCCUCGAAAACGACUCGGUCGACGUCGCCAUCUUCUGCCUCGCCCUCAUGGGCACAAACUGGCUCGACUUCAUCGAGGAGGCCUACCGCAUUCUCCACUGGAAAGGCGAGCUCUGGAUCGCCGAGAUCAAGUCCCGCUUCGGCCCCGUGUCCCGCAAGAACGCCGUCGUUUCGCACAGCGUCGGCAACCGCAAAAAGGCUGCAGCUGCUGCUGCCGCAGGAAAGAAGACAAAGGAGCCCGAGGAAACGGAGGAGGACCGCACGGCUCUCGCCGUAGAGGUCGACGGCCACGAGGACAAGCGCGGCGAGACGGACGUCUCCGCGUUUGUCGAGGCGCUGAGAAAACGCGGCUUCGUCUUGGCAGGCCAGGGCGAGGGUAAUAAGGGCGCCGUGGACCUCUCCAACAAGAUGUUUGUCAAGAUGCACUUCAUCAAGGGCGCCGUGCCUACAAAGGGCAAGGGUCUUGCCGCGGCCAAGGCCGCCGGCUACGUGGAGAAGAAGGAGAAGCAAAAGAGGUUCGUGUGGGAGACGGAAGAGGACAGGGUCGAUGAGACGGGUAUCCUGAAGCCCUGCGUGUACAAGAUCCGGUAG